AAGUCUCUGAAGUAUGCGACGGUGUUCUUGGGGUUGCGGACGAGCUGCGACUUGGCCUCGGUGCCCUGGAACUCCUCACCGUCGACGUAGGAGAGGACGGUAGGGAUUUGACGGUCACCAAGCUCGUUGGCAAUGACUUCAGCCUUGGAGUCGCCGGAAGUGUAGGCGAUGGAGCUGUACGAGUUGCCAAAGGAGAUACCAAUGGCAACCUUGGGUGCGGUCUCGCCCUCUGAGCUCAUAUUGAAUGUGAUGUGUGGUGGAAGCGGCUGAAAAGACUGGAAUUCGAAUCGUCGCAAAGUCGGAUGGUUUGGGCGACAGGGAUAAGUGGAUUGAUCUCUUGUACAAAAGCUGGUCGAUGGGACUUUGGACUUUGCUCCAGACUUUCUCGAACCUCGAACAAAUUUCCAGCCGCGAUUUAGCCGCCUCAAGACGAGCCAAACCAUCCUUUCGUCAUCGUCGCAGGAAUCGAAUCUACUCAAGAAUCAUGUCGUCUGUAAUGCUGCUGCCCGGUCAGGAGCUGUCGCCUGAUCAAUUGCCUUCUCAAAACACCACUCGCACUUUGACUCUGGGUCCUGGUCUGCGACACAUUCCGCCCGUCACGAUUGUCGCAACCCAAGCUGGAGAAUUGUGUACCGACUCCAAGAAGAAUGCCAUCUGGAUUGAGAACCUCGGAGGUCGCUAUCUGCCUCACACUGGCGAUCUUGUCGUCGCCACUGUCCAACGCUCCUCUACCGACACAUAUCACUGCACUCUGACACCGCACACUCCUUCCGUCCUGCUCGGCCAACUUGCUUUCGAAGGCGCAACCAAGAAGACCAGACCCCAACUCACCCCUGGAGCUCUCGUCUAUGCUCGUGUAUCAAAGGCCGACAAGUGGAGCGAUGUCGAGAUCGAAUGUGUCAACCCUGCCACCGGAAAGUCUGACGGUCUUGGUCCCCUCAAGGCUGGCAUGCUCUUUGAUGUCUCGCCUGCGUUCGCUCGUCGCUUGAUGAUGGGUGCUGGAAAAGGUGGUGUUGUGCUGCUGGAAGAGAUUGGCGAGAAGGUCAGAUUCGAGGUGGCUGUGGGAAGAAAUGGAAAAGUCUGGGUCAACAGCUCUACCAUUGCUGAGACUGUCGCUAUCGGACGCUGCUUGACCGACACUGACGACAAGGACUUGGACCUUCAGGCGCAGAAGAAGCUCGUCAACAAGAUGGUCAAGAGCGUUUGAGCCCUGUCCCAAACCGAGGACAAGGCAAGAAGAACUCCCUGCUAUCUCGCCAGCAUCAGCCUCGCACACAGCAUUCAAUGAAUCAACGACAGAGAGUCUCGAAUUUGCAGCACCAAGAUGCCCACUCGAGGCGUCCAGCAAUGAAAGCAAAGUGCAGCUAUAAGCAUUACACGGAUUCGGACAGAGUCCACUCGAGACCUUUCUCGACCCAAAGUAGCACGCAACACGCUUCGGGACAAAGCUCGGAAGCCUAUUCGUGUGCAAUAGGAUGGACGUGGGAUGCGCGCAGAUGCGCUCAAGGACAUAUCGGCAGGCGAAGCUGAAGACGC